GCUAAAGAGGAGAAACGCCUAAAAGAAUUAGAAGAUGAAGUUGAAAAACUCAAAAAAGAACUAAGUUCGGUAGAACGACAGUCUUACAUUUAUAUUGGGGAAAAACAAGCUAUGGCAAGAGAAAUAUCACAGCUUAAAAAUGAGAUUAAACAAUUGACAAGUGGACCAAUGUUACCUAAUACAACCAAUACUG